AUGGCUGCGACCGGGUCUCCGGUAAAUUUUGUGAUCUGCCCGCAUGGUAUUGCCUUAAUCGAAAGUUAUAUCCGCUCAUCCGUUGUCCGGAGCACCAAGGGCGAAGCAGGCUGUUGGAGCACCGAGAUUGGCCGCGAAGUAAGAGAUCAGAACCUGUCCACUGUCAUCUGGGGACCUACCAGCUCGACAGUGGCUGCCGAUGAUCGACAAGACGACGACGAAGAUGCCAGACAGUCACGGAGCCGCUUCUCUUUCUCAAUGGAGGAGGCAGUCAGCGCGACGUCAUUACAGCAAGUCAAACAAAGUUCCGUAAGAAAGACAUCGACAAGGAGCUCACAUUCAGAAACUGAAACCAACUCGUUCUGA